GGUUUUUUUACAAAGAUGAAAUUACAGAAAAUGUUCCUGUUUUGUUUCUGAUAAUGGCAAGUGUUACUGGUGGUAUUCUACUAAUUGGGCUGCUAAUGUACAAAGAAUUACCUCAAGAGUCAAAUCAGGAAACAACUGUAUUCGUUUCUAACACACAAAGAAACAAUAUCCAGUGAACUAACUAAUGUGUAUGAAACGUGUAGUAAAGAACUUAGUGGACCAAGUACGAAAGAUUUGGACUGUAGAACAACAAUAAAUAACGACAAAGUAUGUGAAUCAUUGGAAGAAGAUUCAGCCAAUGUGAACGUUGAUGACGAACAACCGUACAAUGAUGGCGAUGUUAAACUUCAUGUGUCACCAAAAGAAGCUCUGAAAAUGAAAGAAUUUUAUCUUUUAACUAUAGUUUGUAUUUGCUCAUAUUUUCCAUUCAUGUUUGUAAAUGUGUUUUAUAAGACCUAUGGACAGACGUUUAUACAAGACGACACGUUUCUAGCCACCACUGGUUCUGUAGCUGGAGUUGUUCAUGCCCUCAGUCGAGUGAUUGUGGGCUUAAUUCAGGACAAAAUAUCUUACAAGUUAACGAUUCUUCUCUUGCUGGGAAUAAAGUCAGUAUUGCUGUUCACUCUGGUGGCGACACCUUACGGAGGAAAAGUGAUGUACAUGAUCUGGAUUUGUGGGCUCUUUGCAACAUUUCCUCUUAUUUUUGUUUGUAUUCCUGCUGCUAUUGCUGAAGUUUUUGGAACGAAACACACUGUUGAAAUUUUUGGAAUGGCACUUUUUACAUCAGGAUACUUGUGACUAUACUUUUCCCUGAAACCCAUCGUACCCAACAAUUAAUAUCAAGUAGUUUUGAUGGAGACAAAGAACGGACUCGUUGCGGAGCUGUUGAAUAUCAAAAGUGAAUUUCUUAGCAUUUGUCACUUCUCAGAUGUUUUAAAAAUAUAACUUUAACACUUUCUUGACUUCUUGUG